AUGCUGAGAUCGACGUGGAAUUUUCUCAAACGUCACAAAAAGAAAUGUAUCUUCCUGGGCACGGUCCUCGGAGGAGUAUAUAUCCUGGGGAAAUACGGACAGAAGAAAAUCAGAGAAAUACAAGAAAAGGAAGCUGCAGAAUAUAUUGCUCAAGCACGACGACAGUAUCAUUUUGAAAGUAACCAGAGGACUUGCAAUAUGACAGUGCUGUCCAUGCUUCCAACACUGAGAGAGGCCUUAAUGCAGCAACUCAAUUCUGAGAGCCUUACAGCUCUGCUAAAAAACAGGCCUUCAAACAAGCUAGAAAUAUGGGAGGAUCUGAAGAUAAUAAGCUUUACAAGAAGUAUUGUGGCUGUAUAUAGUACAUGUAUGCUGGUGGUUCUUUUGCGAGUCCAGUUAAACAUUAUUGGUGGAUAUAUUUACCUGGAUAAUGCAGCAGUUGGCAAAAAUGGCACGACAGUCCUUGCGCCCCCAGAUGUCCAACAGCAAUAUCUAUCAAGUAUUCAACACCUCCUUGGAGAUGGCCUGACGGAGCUGAUCACUGUCAUUAAACAAGCUGUGCGUAAGACUUUAGGAAGUGUUUCUCUUAAACAUUCUUUGUCCCUUUUGGACUUGGAGCAAAAUCUGAAAGAAAUCAGAAAUCUCGUUGAGGAACAUAAUUCUUCUUCUUGGACUAAUAACAAUGGAUAUAAAUCUUUAUUAUGCCAUUAUAUGAUGCCAGAUGAAGAAACUCCAUUAGCAGUUCAGGCCUGUGGGCUUUCUCCUAGAGACGUUACCACUAUUAAAUUACUCAAUGAAACUAGAGACAUGUUGGAAAGUCCAGAUUUUAGUACAGUUUUGAAUACCUGCUUAAACCGAGGUUUUAGUAGACUGCUAGACAAUAUGGCUGAGUUCUUUCGACCUACGGAACAGGACCUGCAGCAUGGGAACUCCAUGAAUAGUCUUUCCAGUGUCAGCUUGCCUUUAGCUAAGAUAAUUCCAAUAAUAAAUGGACAGAUCCAUUCGGUUUGCAGUGAAACACCUAGUCAUUUUGUUCAGGAUCUAUUGACGAUGGAGCAAGUGAAAGACUUUGCAGCUAAUGUCUACGAAGCUUUUAGUACCUCUCAACAACUGGAGAAAUGA